AUAGAUAUAUUGUAUAUCUAUAAACAAGGCUAUUAUGUUCGUGUAGGCAACAAAAUAUACAAAAUAAAUAGAUAACCUAAAAAAAUUCUCAGAAUGUCACUGUCGUCACUGUUUUGAGGAUAUUCGUGCUGUUGAUUCUAUUGUGAAUUUUUCUCACUAAAUUCUAAUAAAGUUAAUAACUACUAUAAGUGUCUUAUAAAGCAGCAUACCUACAAAUUAUCCAAACAAAGAAAUAAUCAAAAUAUCAAUUAUUUGCAAGUACUUUGGUCUUCAAGAUUAAAAACAGUCCAAAUUCAUGGCCUAUUUCAAUUAUAAUUUAUUUUUAUUGUAACAAUUUAAUCAUAAUUGACUGCAUAAUUAUUGACGUUAGUAACUGUCUGGGAGAAGAAUAAACGGAAAAACGAUGCCUGAAGCUAUGCUAACGCUUCACAAUGAAGAUAAAACAUUAACAUUCAAGGCAAAAGCGGUUUGGAAAGAAUCUUCUUUUGAUAUAACGAUACUGGCGAAGAAAGCUUGGUACACACAGGUAUCAGAAGAAGAGAUUGAAAAAUUGGCAAGUGAACGAAAUCAAAGUACUAAAGAAUAUUAUGCUACAUUACAAGAUUAUUUAAGUAAUGGCAACCCAGAUGUGUUUUUUAAUCUUACUUAUAUAAAAGAUGGAAAUGAGGAAAAUGAAAAUGCAGAGUUCACAAUUAAUCAUAAAUCUGGAGUCAGAGUGUUUUUGUUUUUUGUUACUAAAUUAAAACAGAUGGAUUUUCAUGAAAGUAUAUACAAAAUACUUGAUGAUUUAAUGGAAAAACAUAAUGAACUUGUUAGCCAUGUUCAAAUGCUUCAAAAAGAGAAAAAAGAUAUAGAGAAGGGUAACUAUUUCUAUUCAAAAGAAUAUAAAUUAAAUUCAGCAAUUCGGUAGAUUUAUCUGUACAAAGAGCAAUCAGAAAUUUCUUGCUUUAACUAAGUCAUUAAAGCAAAAUUCUUUUUAUGUUGCAUACUUUUGGCUAAACUGAAUAUGUAAGAUCUAAGAUCCACAGUUCUUGAUGUGCCUUUAGUUUAUAGCCUGAACUUUUUCAAUUAAUUAUUUCAACCAUAACCGACAUGUUGAUUUUGUAAAUUGGUUAAUUUAUGUGUUGGACUGCCAUUGAAAGUAUAGUAGUAAUAAUUUUAUUUAUUCAGGUCAACCAACAGAUACUUCAGCAUCAAAUAAAAAUAACAUUUUAAUAAAAAUAGGGGUAAAAUAAUAUCAGCAAAAAAACUAAACAAUGUGACAAGAAUAAAUAAAUGAGUGUAAAGUACUUGUUGGUCUAAAUAUAUUGCUUAUAGAUAUACAGGAUGAUUCGCAUAAGAACUAACACAGAGCAGGGACGUGUAGAGGACAAUAAAUUAAGAUGAUUUAACGCAACUUGCCUAUACUGGGUGGUUCAAAAAACCGCUGACAGACUUCUAGACUAGAUAAUACACGAAAAAUCAAGAUGAAUAGUCUUAAUAUACAUGGGGUCGCAAAUACCUCGUUGGCGAGAUAUAGCGGAU